CCUUUCUCCCGUCGACCUGUUCGCUUCCUUCAGCCUCUUUUCAAAAUACUGCGGAGAGAGAGAGAGGAGAGCGGAAGGUCUCUGGCUGCUGGAGAUUGGAAGACGAAGCCAUGGCGCCCAAGUCGUCGCGGGAACGAGCAUAUAUCCGGGCCAUGAAGCGGCAAUUAGUCCCUUUCGAGGCAGAGGAGGAGGAAGAGCCCGCGCCCUACACCAUGGAUCCGGCUGCCGACUCCUUGGCCUGUGGAUGGAUGCUGGACUUCUUCUGCCUUAACCUCUGCCAGGCCUUCUGUGAGGACGACAUCGAAGAAUUCAAGCGCAACCGCAACAUUGCGGAGGCUAUUAUUCAUGGACUCACCAGACUAACAGCACAUCAUCUAAGAACUAUAUAUGUGUGCCAGUUUUUAACAAGAAUCGUGGAAGGAAAAACACUGGAUGCACAGUUUGAAAGUGAUGCACGACUUACUCCAUUGGAAUCAGCCUUGAUGAUCUGGAAUAAAAUUAGAAAGGAAAAAGAACCACUUCAUGACCAAAUCCGUGAUUUACUUGAAAUUCAGGCUGUAGCAGUUUGUAUGGAGAAAGCAAGUUAUAAAGAAGCAGAAGGAGUCUUCGAAAGAAUAUUUGGAGACACAGAAGAUAAGCCUCUAAAAAUGAAGUUGUUGAUGAUAAUCAAUAAGAAAGAUCCAUACCAUCCUUUUUUCCAACGCUUCACUUAUAAAUGCAUGAUAGACAGAGUCAAGAUUUAUGCUAAUCAGGUGUUAACUGAAAAAUCAUCAAGCUUUCUAAUGAAGGCAGCAUUAAAAGUAGUAGAAAGCAAAAAAGAUGAAGAAAUUUUUGGUCCCUUUGUUGAAAGCCCAAGCAGCGAAACAGAAAAUAGUGAAAAACAGAAUUCAAAACCGGAAUCUCCUGCGAAUUCAACAUCCAUAACCAGGUCUCAUGAAACUCCCUUAUCUUUGUCACAAAAUAAACUUGAGAACUCAGAGCACCAAGAUAUUGAGGAAACAAGAAUAAAAAUAAGGAGUCGAGGAAGUAAAAGGAUCACGCAAAGUCUUAAAAAAAGUAGCAAAAGCACUAUAAAACAUAUAAUAACCACUAAAGACAGUAACAAAAACAAGGCAAACAAUGAAACAAACACUUCUGAAAGACCUAGACGAUGGAAAAGGAGGGCAUGGAGUUCGGAUGAAGACCAGAAACUGAAAUCAGGGGUGAAAAAAUAUGGAGAGGGACGUUGGCAGAAAAUUCUCACAAGUUACACAUUCUGCAGUCGGACAAAUGUUAUGUUAAAGGACAGGUGGCGGACUUUGAAGAGGUUAGAAUUAGUUUCUUAGGGCAGUGAAGACUAAAUGUGUUUAUAAAAGAUGGGUUAAAUGUGGAAAAGCUCCUAAAUCAAUUGGUUUGCUUUAAACAUUAGCUAUUGUAUUUUGAAACUUUUAAAUGUUUUGGUGUGAUAGUAUAUUUUUCUGUAGGACAAAGUUAUUGGAAAGGCUUUUUAGUACUUUGUCUUUGUACCAGGCCACAUGCUGUCAUCCUGCUCACUUUAAUGUAGAAUAGUCUGGGAAAAAAACCUGCCAAACAAAAUUUGGAUAUUUUGAGUCACUAAACAAUUAUGUCCUGCUAAGAUACAAUUGCUUGACUUUAGGGCAUUAGUAUGUCGCUUAAUUUUCAAAAACUAAUUCAUAAAAUAUACAAUGUUUACUUCUGUUCAUUGUAUGUUUUCACAUAAGGAGGAAGGUUAAAGGUAACAAAUUAUUUAAAGUAACAUAAUAUUGGCUAAUAAAUUUUCUAUAACAUUGUUUUGAAUUUGUUAUGUUAGACUUUUAACUUAUAUGCUAAACUUGACUCAUGUAAUAUUCUAUAUGAAAAUAUACAUCAUAAAGAUCAAAUCUUUGACUUUAUUUAACAUAGGACCAGUAAAGUGUAUUAAUUGUCCUAGAAACAUUUGAAUUCUGAUAGAUCAAAUUAAUAAUUUUAAUAUCACUUAGGUGAAAACGAUUAGAAUAAACUCUUGGAAUCACCAUCACUUGUUCACCUCAAGCAUUAUCUUCAUGUCAUGGUCAGUGAAUAUAUAGAAUCAUUUAGUUGUAUGCAUGAUGAAUGCAUCAAGUUAGUUGGGCUAGCUAGAAUGUUUUUCUUUGUUAAAAUAUCAAACCAGGAAAAAAUAACAUGUCAAAUUUAUGGUAAUUUUAGAAUUGCAUUGCAAGUUAUUAGGGAUUGGAGUUUGUAAAUUGGAUGUAAGAAAUAUUAGAAUAGUUGUGUAUUUUUUCCAUUUUCUGUUUAAAAAUUGAGUCGACCCUUGUACUGUUGGAAUUGUGUAUUACUAAAUAAAAGAUUCAAAUCCACA